AUGGUCAUGGAUUCUCUUCUCUCCAUCCUCUUCUUUCUUCUCACUAUCUCUUCCUUCAACCAUGCCUCCUCCUUUACUUCACAACCCUCUUACAAAGACCAUUGUGGUUCCAUAGUUCCAGAGUCAACUGCCAAUGAACUCAUUCCCAGCUCCUUCCCUUUUGAUGAUCAUCACACAGGUUACUUCACGGGAGGUGAUAGCAUCAUCGAUGGUGGAACAUCCUUGAACCAAUACUUUACCUUCCAACCAAUGUACAUACGUGCAACUCAGUUCUCUGAAUUGUUCAAAGUUGAAGGCUCUGUAUCACUCACCUCCAGCAUAUCUUACUUCUACCCUGUAGGGAACUUUAGCUAUGAUGACAGAUUAAGGUAUGAGCGUCGACGUCGCUACCGUAGAAGCCAUGUAAACUUCAAGCUUGAAGGGUUUUGGUCUGAGUCUUCAGGGAAGGUUUGUAUGGUAGGGACAGGAAAUGGUUAUUCAAAGAAAGGUAAGUAUCUUAAUCUGGAUCUUGUGUUUAAGCUUGUUAACGUGUUUAAUGUAAGCAAUAUCACUAGCUUGGUUAGUGGAAGUUUGGAGAGCUUGAGUUCUCAAAAGGAUGAGAACUACUUUGAACCCAUUUCUGUGCUGAUGUUUCCAAAAGGUAAUUACAAGUAUACCUUGGAUUCCACAGAAGUUGCCAAUGAAUUCUCUUCUGGGAGUGAUGCUGCAAAGGGUGGUUUUUCAUUGAAUUCGUUGAGUUUUUGUUCACGUCCCCUUUCAAGGGCAAUUAGAAGGCUCCAAUUAGAGUUCUCUCCUAAGUGCAAUCCUUCAAAGAACUGCACUCCUUUUAGUGAGAGUUCUGGUCCACUCGUGUCUCUAAUGUCUUUGAAAGGCAUUGAGUGUUCUCUUGCUAACAACAAGCAUAGGUUGCGGGUUAUGAUGAGAUUUUUGAAUGCUAGUGAUUAUUGGAUUGGCCAAAGUUUCAAUCCGAAAACUAUGUUGGUAGGGGAGGGAUGGUGGGAUGAGAAAAAAAACAUGUUGUGUGUAGUGGCUUGUCAUAUCAUUGGCAAGACAUCAUCCUUGACUGGUUCUCAUGUGGGUGAUUGCUCAGUAAGACUAAGAUUAAGAUUCCCCUCAACUUGGUCAAUCAACAGUACUAGUAGGUUAGUUGGCCAAAUUUGGAGCAACAAGAGUACUAAUAGUAGAGGCUACUUCAAGAAGAUAACUUUUAGAAAUGAAGAGGAUGGUAGGGUGGGAAUUUUUCAAGCUACAAAGUAUGAGUAUAGCCAACUAGACAGAGUUAAGAAGUUAUGCCCAACACCCAAGCCUACGAAGAACAAGGGGAAAAGAUAUCCAGAUGCCUAUUCUUAUGACAUGAGAUUUGACAUGGCAGUUAGAGAGUCCGGCAAAAGAGUAGCCUGGGGUUAUUCAACUCCCGUGGCUGUUGGUGAUAAGGUCUCUUCCUGGGGUAAUGUCCAAAACUCCACGGUAGAAGUUUUUGAGGAAAAACUCAAUAGUGGUGGCUUGUUUAACAUUAGCUACAAAAUCUCACUAUGGUUUAAUUCAACCAAUGUCCAGAAUUCCAUACGUAAUCAGUCCUCUUGGUCAGCGGGGAUUUCUGCUGAAGGAAUUUAUGAUGCUGGAACAGGAAACUUGUGUAUGGUAGGUUGCCGCGAUCUUCACUCAAAUCCUCUUAUACCAACAGCUCAUUCUGUGGAUUGUGAAAUUGUAGUGAAGUUUCAGUUACCACCAUUAGAUGAAAAAAAAGGAAUCUUCAUUAAGGGAAGCAUUGAAAGCACACGCAAAAAUUCAGAUUCUCUUUACUUCAAAACUUUGGAGUUAUCUUCAGCUGCAUUUUACACUGAAGUUGCUGAAAAGGCAGUUUGGAGAAUGGAUAUGGAGACAAUCAUGGUUCUAAUAUCUACCACUCUAGCAUGUGUUUUUGUGGGAUUGCAGAUCUACCAUGUAAAGAAACACUCCAACGUGCUCCCUUUACUCUCACUUGUUAUGAUGACAAUACUUACUUUGGGCCACAUGGUACCCCUUGUUCUGAACUUUGAAGCACUUCUUGCUCAAAAUCCUAACAACAAAAAUUUCGUGUUUGGAAAUGUUGGAUGGCUUGAAGUGAAUGAAAUAGCUGUAAGGCUAAUCACCAUGGUGGCUUUCUUGUUGCAAUUCCGACUCCUUCAAUUAACUUGGUCAUCAAGAAAGAGUGAUGAAAGCAAUAAAGGCCUCUUGACUGCUGAGAGGAAGGGUGCUUAUGUCACUCUUCCCCUGUAUGCCGCUGGCUUUUUGAUUGCAUUGCUGUUGAAGCUUAAGAGAGAUGGAGAGGUUGUUGUGAUGACUCCAGGAAACCAACAUCAUUCAUCAUGGGAGAACUUAAAAUCUUAUGGUGGUCUGGUGUUGGAUGGCUUUCUCUUGCCACAGAUAAUUCUAAAUCUCUUCUCUAACAUGAGGGAGAAUGUUCUUUCAUGUUCUUUUUACUUUGGAAUUACUUUUGUGAGGCUGUUGCCACAUGCCUAUGAUCUUUACAGGACUCAUAAUUAUUCUCAGCUAGAUAAUGGGUCAUACAUCUAUGCAGAUCCAAGUGCAGAUUUUUACUCCACUGCUUGGGAUGUUGUCAUUCCAUUGGGAGGUAUCAGUUUUGCUGUCAUUAUCUACUUGCAGCAACGUUUUGGUGCUCAUUGUAUUCUGCCUCAAAAGUUCAAAGGGUCUAAGGUUUAUGAAAAGGUGCCUAUGGUUGUUGAAUUAGAAGCUGAAGUAGAGACCACUAACUUGUAA